AUGUCCAAGACGUCGCCUGUACAGCAGCUGCGGAGGGUCUUUGCCUCUACCAAAUGGCAACCCGACACCGAGCAUGAGAUUCACGCCCACAUCUACGGUCUGCGAGGCGUGCUGACCAUCUCGGCUCUGCUCUGGAUCUUCUUCCAGACUUUCAUCCCGACCGUCGUCUUUGACCCGGGAUUCCAGACAGAUGGACCGACUUACCAAAAGAUCAUCCGCGUUGUCCUCUCGCCGCUUCUCUGGGAUGAGACGCUCAUCCAGUCCUUCUUCUUCGCUCUGAGCGCUCGCUCCAUUGGCAUUCGUUUCCUCAAGGAUCCCAAGCCGGCCACAUUUGCCGGCAGUAUCAUCCGCCGCAUCUUCCGCAUGGUCAUUGCCGUUGGCAUUGCCUCCGCUAUCACCUCAGGCAUUUUUCACGCAAUCGGCACGGAGCAGAUCUCCGCCCUCAAGAAGGAACUGCCCAACGAAUCGACGCAGAGCAUCGCCGUGCCGGAAAGCUUUCUGCAAGUUUUCAACUCGGUGUUCAACAUUUUCUGGGUCGUUCGCGGUUAUUACCACCAGGCAGCCAACCGUUUCUGGCCGACUGCAACUCUGUGGAGUGUGUCAUUGAUCUACCAGCAAAGCUGGACCAUUUACUUUUUGAUGGUUAUCCUGCCCUACACACGUGUCACCUGGCAUGCACAGGGCCUGGCUUUCUUUGCUUUCGGUUCGUUCUGGAUGUGCUCUUGGGGUUGGUACGAUGCGGCGGGGCUCCUUCUCGCCCAGUACGUGAUCAACCCGAAGCUGCAGGGAACCCUGACCGAAGGCCUCAAGAUCAACGAAAAUGUCAAGAUUCCGUGGAUCGUUCCUGGUGCCCUCAUGACUGUGGCGGGUGCCGCCAUGAAGUACUGCUGGGCGGUAUUCCCUCAAUUCGUCAACAAGGAGCUUUUGCUUCACCCUUUCCUGGACCUGUCUGAGAACACCACCCGGGCACAAUUCGCCGCUGCCGACCCUUUCCCUCGUGUCGACAACUUCUUGGUCAUCUACGGCAUAAUGCUCAUUGUUGAGACACUCCAACCUGUUAAGAAUGUCCUCUCUGCAAAAUGGCUUACGGAACUCGGCAGGCGAUCACUGAGCUUCUUCGUUGCCCAGAGCAUCAUCUUCUACACAGCAGGAAUCAGCCUUUUCCUGCACCUUCGCAACGACCGGGGCGCCUCCAUCGGUGCGGCCAACACCGCCGUCUUUUUCGCCUGCACCUUGGCUACCAUCACUUUUGCGCAGGCCUACUGGUACAUUAUCGAUCUGCCAUCGCAACGAUUCGCGAAGGCGGCCUAUCUGUGGCUGAUGGAGUAA